AAGAAAACCUAACGCCCUCCCGGCCUUCCCCCCCCCCCCCCCCCCCCCCCCCCCCCCCCCCCCUCUAUUCCAGGAGCCUCCUCCCCCUCCUCUUCUAGAGGGAGGGACCACAGCCGCGGCCGCACCGGCGCACACCAGCUACACCGCCCGAAUUCCCGAUCGAUACCGGAGGUGGACGUGGCCUAGGGUUUCCGAGCCAGGCCGGCGCUAUGGUGGGCUGCUCUAGGGGCUCCCUCCCCACCUGGAUGACCGCCGCCGCCGCGCGGGUCGACCUCUCGGGCGGCGUAACGCCUUCGCACCAGGGCCCAUCCUCUUCGUCCCCCUCCUCGGGUCCCUCUCCGGCCGCGGGGGCGGACCAGGAGCUCGGGAUGUACGAGCGCGCGUUCUCCGCUGCCGGCGCCGCCUUCGUCUCAGCUAUCAUCGUCAACCCUCUAGAUGUCGCCAAGACUAGAUUGCAGGCGCAGGCGGCAGGGGUGCUGUACAACCAGCCUGCCCAGAUGGCGGCGCUCGGCCCUGAUGCGCAUUUCCAGAUCCUGUCUGAAUUCCGAUGCUCUCCUUCGUGCACACGUGGUCUUGUAUUAGGAAGUGAGCCAGUUUGUCCUCCUGACUGCUUCCAGUACAAGGGGACACUUGAUGUAUUCUUGAAAGUGGUUAGACAGGAGGGGUUCGUUAGACUAUGGAGAGGAACAAAUGCAGGCUUAGCAUUAGCUGUACCCACUGUUGGGAUAUACUUGCCUUGUUAUGAUAUAUUCCGCAACUGGAUUGAGGAUUUCACAAGAAGUAAUGCUCCUGGCUUGACACCAUAUGCCCCGCUAGUAGCAGGAUCUGUUGCACGCUCGUUAGCAUGUAUUGCUUGUUCUCCAAUUGAGCUCGCAAGGACGCGUAUGCAGGCAUAUAAAGAGUUUCGUCCUGGCGUAAAGCCUCCUGGAAUGUGGAAAACCUUGGUUGGUGUUCUCCCACCACUUCCAAGUUCGAGUCAGAAUGUACAAAAUUACCGUGUUCUGUGGACUGGGGUGGGUGCACAACUUGCUCGAGAUGUUCCUUUCUCUGCUAUAUGCUGGUCAACUCUUGAGCCUAUGCGAAGAAAACUACUUGGUUUUGUUGGAGAAGAAGGCAAUGCAGGUAGUGUAUUGGGAGUGAAUUUUGCUGCUGGUUUUGUAGCAGGCAGUCUUGCUGCUGGUGCUACAUGCCCUCUGGAUGUUGCAAAAACAAGGAGACAAAUAGAGAAGGAUACUGAGAAGGCAAUGAGGAUGACUACAAGGCAAACAUUAGCUGAGAUAUGGAGGUCUGGAGGCAUGAAAGGUCUGUUCGCCGGCGUUGGCCCACGUGUUGCACGCGCUGGUCCAUCAGUUGGUAUUGUCAUUUCCUUCUACGAGGUUGUCAAGUACGCUCUUCAUCAAAGGCACACCUCAUGACCUAGUUUUGUUGAUAAGAUGGAAGCCCUCCCACUUGGUGAAAGGCAUGGUAGGCUAGUUACUCUGACAGGGCUAGGUGUAAGUUGGAAGAUCAGAGUGCCCAACAGUCAAGACACGACAGGCUUUUUUAUGGACAGUGUCCAUUUCAGUCAAGGAUAGCAAUACCAGUUUUGCCAUGGAGCAGGCUUCAGUUUCGCCCGUGUCAGGUUUUGGACCAUCGUCUAAGCUUAUGUCUUGGCCGGAUCUGAAGCUGCUCCGGUAAACUUACUUGGUGUAGUCCCUGUAAUUGAAGGAAAGGAGAGUGUAGUAGCGUAGAUACUGAUCAAUAAUUUUGCACACCCUUGAAACUACAGAAGAAAUUUUGCACAUCCUAGUCUUGUGUCGAUGCCUUAAAAAAACCGUUUUGGUCUUCUUGUUGACUUGUUACUGUAAAAACCAACGGGGAUAUGUUUACUUGGCGGAAUCAUUAAAUUCAAAGGGGAUGGAUUCGUUA